AUGCGCCAGCACAUUUUUUACGAUGAAUACUAUGAUGCUGGAAAUAACGUCAAUACACUUGACAGGGAUCCUUCACCACCAUAUUCUGAUCAUCCAUCAUCUCAAACCCCUCCAAUCUAUGUUACUUCACCCUCAACUCCAUCAUCUUCGCCACCAUCACACUCACUUUCUACUACCACUCCGUCUUCACCACCAUCUUCAAUAUCUUCGCCAACGCCUCCUACUACCACUCCAUCUCAACCUUCACCUCCAUCUUCGUCAACACAUUCUCCAACAUCUCCUAACACUACUCCCUUUUCACAAUCACCUCCUACUACACCAUCUACACCUACUCCAACACCUCCUACAACACCAUAUAAUCCUUUUCCACUAUCAACUCCUACUCCGUCUCCACAAACUCCUAGUGGAAAUCCACCUUCAUCCCGUACACUGACUCCACCUACUUCCUCUUCUACCCUUUCAUUAACUCCUUCUACCUUACCCAAGACAGCCUAG